AUGGAGAAAGCUGUAAUCCUAACCAUAUCAUUCUUCCUUUUGACAUUCUAUUGCUUGGUGUCCCUUGUUUCAUCUGUUGACACCCUUAGACAUGGGGAUAGUCUAAAUUCAUCUGCUUCCUUAGUUUCUGCAAACAAAGUUUUCACUUUAGGAUUCUAUAAGCUCGAAGAUACCAAUAAUUACUUAGGAAUAUGGUACACAGAUUCUUAUUCGGACUAUCCAGUAUGGCUUGGUAACAGAGAAAAACCUAUUAUGGAUAAUUCUGGCAUUCUCACAAUAAGUAGUGCUGGAAAACUUAUUAUAACAAGCAACAGAUCAGAUCCUAUUGAGCUGUAUGCAGGCGGAAAUGGCACAAAUAUAACAGCCACGCUGUUGAAUUCGGGGAAUUUUGUAGUGAGGGAGAUGAAUAUAAAUGGUUCUGCAGGCAGGAGUUUGUGGGAAAGCUUUGAUUAUCCCACUGAUACUCUUAUUCCGGGGAUGAAACUAGGUGUUAAUCAUAGGACUGGGAGAAGUUGGUCUCUUACAUCAUGGUUUGGCGAAAACAAUCCCGCUUCAGGAAUUUUUACGCUAGAAUGGGAUCCAGCCAGACAUAGAUUGAUUGUUAAACAGCGAGGGUUGGUUCUUUGGACCAGUGGGGACUUGAAAAAUUAUACGGAUGAGAACUCGAGAUUGAAUGUCAAGGAAUUUGAGAAUAUAGUCAUGAAACCCGAUGUUUUCAAUUUCACCUAUGUUUCAAAUGGCGAGGAGGAUUACUUCAGCUACUCCCUUAUAAUAGACCCCAAGUUGACAUCUGAACAUCGAAAAACUAUUUCUCUAUUGCGGCUGAAAUUUAACGGGGAUAUAUAUGAUAUUGAUAAUCAAACGAUGGCACAAGUACGUCUCUGUUAUCGUGAUAACAUAAAAGGCUGUGAAUUAUGGGAGCAGCCAAGUUGCAGGAAUCUUAAUGAUUCAUUUGUUCGGAAAUCAGGGCAUUUCGCUAAUGGAGAUGGGAGCCAGCCAAUUGCAGAAUCUGCUUAUGAUAAAGAUGAUAAUGCCAGUCUUACUGAGAUAGACUGCAGAGACAACUGCUGGAAGGACUGUGAAUGUGUAGGCUUUAGUAGUGGAGAUGCCUAUGGAUGUUCCUACUGGAAAGGGAAAAAUUUGACUUUUGUACAGAGUUAUGAUGGUUCUGAACCUAAACAAUUCGUUCUUGUUUCAGAGGCUUCAAACAAAAUAGAGUCUUCGGCCAAAAGAUGGAAGACAUGGAAAAUCAUUACUUUGGUUAUUACAGUAGUCGCACUUUUGUUGGGCUGUGUAUGGUUCAUCAUCCGAAAAAUUGAACAAGGGAAAAGAAAGGAGAAAGAAUUACGUGAACUGAUGACCCUAGAGGAAUAUACUGAAACACAUACGGUUGAAAGUGACGGGGGACAAGGUCAUCAUCUUAGACUGUUUACAUAUUCGUCUAUCGUUAGAGCUACGGGCAGCUUUUCGUCAACAAACAAACUGGGAGAGGGUGGUUUUGGCUCGGUUUAUAAGGGAGAAACAGUUGAAGGGCAAAAAAUUGCAGUAAAGGUACUCUCACAAAGGUCAAGGCAAGGAUUGGUAGAGUUCGAAACCGAACUAAGACUUAUAUCUCAAAUCCAACACGUGAAUCUUGUCAAAUUAUUGGGAUACUGCAAAGAUAGAGAUGAGAAGAUGAUAAUCUAUGACUACAUGCCUAACAAAAGUUUGGACUUCUAUCUCUUUUGUGAGUAUCGUCUAUUUCCUACACUAUAUUACACAUUUUCAAGUUACAGUGAGGUUUUUCGAAAAUAA